CUUCCCCAGGCUCGGCAGAGGAGCGCGGCUGAGUUACGGCAGCGGAGCUGGGCCCGAAAGCAAGCAGGCAGCACACCACAAGCCAUGGUUUUGUGCUGAGCUAGAGGGCCUGGGGAACUGGAGCUCUCCAGCCCGCCCAAAGGAUAUUUCCAAAGGUUUAGCUGAACUUGCCCACCACAAAGAUGGACAGUGAAGUGCAAAGGGACGGCCGAAUCUUGGACUUGAUUGACGACGCGUGGAGGGAAGAUAAAUUGCCGUAUGAGGAUGUGGCCAUCCCGUUGAAUGAGCUUCCUGAACCAGAACAAGACAAUGGUGGCACAACCGAGUCCGUGAAAGAGCAAGAAAUGAAGUGGACAGAUCUGGCUCUCCAGUAUCUGCAUGAAAAUGUCCCCCCCACAGGAAACUAGCCAAUCAGUGAGAUUUCAUGCAGUGAAUGCAUGAAGGCAAUACAAAAAUUGUUUUUCAGCUAACCAUUGCUGUCAUAAGUUUCUCUAAGGAGGAAACAAAGCUUCUGAAAAAGCCUUGUGUUCAAACAACUGUUCUACUCACAGUGACAGAACACAGUUUAAAGUGCAUCUGUAAUCAAUGCGAAACAACUACGGCUAUCUGAAACCUCCGAGCUGGUAUCAGAAUGUUUCUCUUUACUUAUACAAAAUUAUUUCAUAUCUUCUGUUAAUUUGUUUUUAAGUUGGUGCCAAUUCUGAUCUUAAUUGUUUUCUACAUAUGAUCAAAGAAGUAAUUUUUACUGUU